AUGAGCAAAGAAACAAUUUCAUACACCAAUGAUGCAUUAGGUCCCUUACCAACUAAACCAGCAACAAUUCCCGAUAACAUUUUAGAUGCAUUUUCAUUAAAGGGUAAAGUUGCAUCUGUAACUGGUUCUUCAGGAGGAAUUGGUUGGGCAGUGGCUGAAGGGUAUGCCCAAGCUGGGGCUGAUGUUGCCAUAUGGUACAAUUCCCAUCCUGCUGAUGAUAAAGCGGAAUAUUUAGCCAAGACUUAUGGAGUUAAAUCCAAAGCUUACAAAUGUAAUGUCACUGAUUUCCAAGAUGUAGAAAAAGUUGUCAAACAAAUAGAACUGGAUUUUGGUACUAUUGAUAUCUUUGUUGCCAAUGCUGGUGUUGCCUGGACUGAUGGUCCUGAAAUCGACGUCAAGGGAGUAGACAAAUGGAAUAAAGUUGUUAAUGUUGAUUUAAACAGUGUUUAUUAUUGUGCUCAUGUUGUUGGUCCAAUUUUCAGAAAACACGGCAAGGGGUCAUUUAUUUUCACAGCCAGUAUGUCUGCUUCAAUUGUCAAUGUUCCACAAUUACAAGCCGCUUAUAAUGCUGCUAAAGCCGGGGUUAAACAUUUGUCUAAAUCAUUGAGUGUGGAAUGGGCACCAUUUGCUAGAGUCAAUUCUGUUUCUCCAGGUUACAUUGCUACUCAUCUUAGUGAAUUUGCUGAUCCUGAUGUCAAGAAUAAAUGGUUGCAACUUACACCACUUGGUAGAGAAGCAAAACCAAGAGAACUUGUUGGUGCUUACUUGUAUUUGGCUUCUGAUGCUGCAUCGUAUACAACUGGAGCUGAUCUUGCUGUCGAUGGAGGUUACACAGUGGUUUAG